AUGGACGACCCCGCCGCCGCAGCCACCGCCUCCGCCACGGAGGUUGGUGCGCCCGCAUCACCGCCCCCGCCGGCCGCCGAGGAGGCCGAUCCCUCGGCGGAGGCGGAGGCCGUCCCGGAGGCGAAGAGGUGGCCCGGGUGGCCGGGGGACAACGUGUUCCGGAUGGUUGUGCCCGUGCUGAAGGUCGGGAGCAUCAUCGGGCGGAAGGGCGAGCUCAUCAAGCGUCUCGUGGAGGAGACCAAGGCCAGGGUCCGCGUCCUCGAGGGCCCUGUCGGCGCCACCGAGCGCAUUGUUUUGGUGUCUGCAAAAGAAGAUCCGGGCUUGGAGCUGCCUCCAGCUGUGGACGCUCUGAUUAGAGUUUUUAAACGUGUCAAUGGAAUAACAGAUGGAGCUGCUGAAGGUACCCAGACAGCUGCUGCACCUGGUGUAUGUGCUGCCCGGUUGGUGGUUCCUGGAGCUCAAGCAAUUAACCUCAUUGGGAAGCAAGGUGCUUCAAUUAAGGCAAUCCAGGAGGGCACGGGUGCUACAAUAAGGGUUAUAUCAGUAGAUGAGCGAGAUCGGCCUUUCUAUGUAACUGACGAUGAGAGGAUAGUUGAGAUACAGGGUGAAACAGAGAAAGUUCUAAAAGCACUGCAAGCAGUUUCUAAUCAUCUCCGGAAGUUUUUGGUUGACCAUAGUGUACUUCCAUUGUUUGAGAAGACUAAUGCCCCAGUAAGUCAAGAUCGCAGUGCUGAAACUUGGAAUGAUAUGCCACAUCAUUCAAUUGUUUCUACACAAGUAAAUCAACAACCUGAAGUGCGUGAUGAAUAUGUUCUUCCAAUGAAAAGGGACCAUUUGUAUCUUGAACGGGAACCGCUGGUAGAACAUAACAUUCAUCGCUCAGGUGUGUCAUUAUAUGGGCGAGAUCCUGCCUUGUCAGCAUUACGACCUUCUGGAAUGCACGGUGCUGGCCCUCUACUUACACAGAUAACACAAACCAUGCAAAUCCCACUUACCUAUGCAGAAGAUAUCAUAGGAGUCAAAGGAGCAAACAUUGCAUACAUACGGGCUAACAGUGGUGCUGUUGUCACAAUUCAAGAGAGUUUGGGAAGCCCUGAUGAUAUAACUGUUGAAAUAAAGGGGACAUCGUCCCAGGUACAAUCUGCUCAACAGCUUAUCCAGGACUCCCUGGCUACGCACAGAGAACCUGUGAGGAGCAGUUACCCAGGAGGAUUAGAUCCGUUAUAUAGGUCCAGCUACCCGUAUGGCAGCUCGGCCUACCCGUCAUCAUCGCUGCCAUCUUAUUCUAACAUGGACGGGAGUGGAUAUUCAUCGUCAGGUCUUGGUGGUUACGGUUCCACUUACCGCUACUAA